ACUGACAAAAGCAUAGUCCAUGAUCUAUGAUAGCCGUUACAGAAAAGAACAAAUCCUCUUUUCUGAAUUUUGAAAAUCCACCAUUUUCACAGCCGUGUACACACACAGAGUACACAAACCCCACUCACUCUUUCACCCUAGCUACUGUUUGCAGUUACCUUAUACCAAUCUCAAACAUUUCACAAUUAGCAACCAUUUUCAUUGCAAAUAUCUACACAUUUGAGAUCUAAAUGGAGAAAAAAAAGCAAAGGGAUAAGAAAUGGAGUUGUGAAAAGAGAAGCCCUUUACAAGAUCUAAAUGCUAUUCCAAGAUGUAACAGCAAGAUUAGCAAUGUUUCAAAUUCUUCUUCUUUUUCCUCAUCCUCUUCUUCUUCUUCUUCCAGAAAUUAUCUCCAAAAAAAGCCCAAAAUAUCUUCAAGAAUCUCAAACCCAAUGCCUAAAUCUACACAUUUGAGAUCUAAAUCCACUAAUGAGAAUGAUUUACCAAACCCCACUUCACAAAAACCCAAAAAGAACCUUCCUUUCCCAUCUGAGAAAAAAACCACCUCCCAAAAAUCAAAUCUUUUGUCCCAUAUGAGGCAUCCUGUGAAGAAAUCAGCAUUCGGGUUGGGUCGGAAUGGAUCAGGUGAUUUACAUAGUAGUAAUUUGACUAGUUUAGAGAAUUGUACCAACAACAACAACAUACCCAGUGUAAUCGCAGAGGUGGGGUCUAUGGAGAGUAGGAUGUACAAUUUUGAGAAUUGUACCCCUGUUGGUAAAUUAGCAUGUGCAACUUUAGAUGGUACUUGUAAUAAUGGAGAGAGGUCAAAUACAACUAGUGAUAGUAAUAAUACUACAAAAACACCUCCCAUUGAGGCUUCAGUGUCACCUGAAAUACAAUGUGGUGGGCUAGUUUCAGCUGCAACAACACCUUGUUAUGCUGCUGGUCAUGUUCUUUCUGGUGUUACUGAUAAAAGAAAAUGUAGGCCUAGAGGUGUUCUUACUAUAGGAAUUGAUUCAUUAGAGUAUACUACUAAGUGUAGGUCUAGUAGUAGAGCUUCUUUGAUUCCUUUGCCUGCAUUGGCUUCUAUGCAUUGGCUUAAUGACAUUUAUGAGGGUGAACCCGUAAACGAAUUUAGGACGUUGAUGACCCGAUCUCCCAUGUCUGAGUUGCCAUAUUCAACCUCAACGUGUUCCGGGAGUACUUCUAAUUCUGUACAUAACAUAGAAAAGUACAGUGAUAGUGUAAAUCGGGAUGUUUGUGUUCCUGAACUUAAAGAUCCAUCAUGUGAUGAGAUGAGGAGGAAUUUGUUCCUGUCUAGUCCCCUGGGUAUAUCUUGUUGUCAUGAUGUGAAAGUCGUCGCGGAUGAGUGGAAAUGUUCGUGUAGUAUUGUUAGAGAAAAUUCUCCGUGCUCUACAGCUUCUUUGAGCAGUGGGAAUGUUAUUCAAACCCCUAAAUCAGAUAUGAGCUCAGGCAAGUGUGGCGGCUUUUCAUGGUUACAUUCGGGUGAUCGUGGAGAUAACCUUGGGGAUGAACUUGAUUCAGUGGCAGAUUUUCUUGAAAAAACUAGCUUAUCACCUACGACUGAACCAUCAGCUUCGGAUCCGCCUAAUCAGCAUUUUAAGUUUACUAGUGAUUCGUGGGUGUCUGAUUCUACAUUAGAUAAUGUAUCACAAUCUCAAAUGAGGAUAUCAUGGAGGGAUGGAAUAGUGACUUCGAUUUUUGAGAUUGAUGAUUUAGAUUGCUGCAGAUGCUUAUCAGAUGAUGAGAAUGGGGGUUACUGUUACACUUAUGCAAAGACAAAUGUUGGUUUUGAAGAAAAUGAUCUUUUACCGGAGACUGGUUCUCAGUCUCCUGACUUUUUAGAGCACAAACACGAGCUUUCUCAGAAUGGAAAGUUAAAGUCUGCUCUCGUAGAAGCUAAUACGUGUGCAGAGUCCAUACGUACUGAAGGUGGUGGCGGCUUAGUUUCUUCUGCAGAUUCAGACUGGACCCCUAGUUAUAAAAACCAGUUGUAUCAAGUUUGAUUCUUCAUCUGCAUUUAUUUGUAUCAAUAAAAAAAUUCUUAGAAGCAA